GUUCCGGGCUCCGGGCGGCGUGUUCCUCUUUCCCUGGGUUCCCGGCAUCCCGGCAGGUGGAUCCCCGCUCAUUGCAGUCAGCUUCCGGCCGCGGCUUGUCCUGUGCUCCAGUCCCUCGUCGCGCAGUCUCCCAGCUCCCGGGGUCGCUGCUCUGGCCCACACGCCUCCGCCAGCGACGGACCCAUGGCCGAGCGCGGGGAACUCGACCUGACCGGCGCCAAACAGAACACCGGUGUGUGGCUGGUCAAGGUUCCUAAGUAUUUGUCACAGCAAUGGGCUAAAGCCCCUGGAAGAGGUGAAGUCGGAAAACUGCGGAUUGCCAAGAAUCAAGGACGAACGGAGGUGUCAUUUACUUUGAAUGAGGAUCUUGCAAAUAUUCAUGAUAUUGGCGGAAAACCAGCUUCAGUCAGUGCUCCUAGAGAACAUCCAUUUGUCUUACAAAGUGUUGGAGGACAGACAUUAACAGUGUUUACUGAGAGCUCAUCAGAUAAGCUUUCACUGGAAGGAAUAGUGGUACAAAGAGCAGAAUGCCGACCUGCUGCCAGUGAAAACUACAUGAGAUUAAAGAGAUUACAAAUAGAAGAAUCUUCCAAGCCUGUAAGGCUAUCACAACAACUGGACAAAGUUGUAACAACCAAUUACAAACCUGUUGCUAAUCAUCAAUACAAUAUUGAAUAUGAAAGGAAAAAGAAAGAAGAUGGAAAACGAGCUCGAGCCGAUAAACAACAUGUUUUAGACAUGCUCUUUUCGGCUUUUGAGAAACAUCAGUAUUACAAUCUUAAGGACUUGGUGGACAUCACAAAACAGCCUGUGUUGUACCUGAAGGAAAUCUUAAGAGAAAUUGGUAUUCAGAAUGUAAAAGGGAUCCACAAAAACACAUGGGAGCUGAAGCCAGAGUACAGACAUUAUCAAGGAGAAGAAAAGAGUGAUUGAGAAAACUCAAAGCCCACCUGCUAACGGAACAACAAGGGUGAUGCACUAAGCAGCCGGCAUUGAUAUGUGACUCCUUGAACACCAUCUGUCACAGGGGGAAAAUGACUGGUAACUUUAAUUUCUCUAGGUAAAUUUCUAAACAAUAAUUCUUGUAAAGUUGCUUAAGUAAUUUUGAGGAAAAAGAACACAUUUAUUUAUAGACUUGUAGUAAACCAGAUCAUUCAUGAUGGAGUCAGAGGUUGAAGAAGGUUUUUCUUUUUAAAUAUUAGCUUUUAAAGUGUAAAACUAGGAAACGUUUUCUAAAUGAGGACUCCCUGUCCUUGUUUCUCUCUAAGUUGCUAAGGUAAUGCAGACCCAAAGUGAACGGCAUAACAAGAAAAAGGUCGUCAACUACAGACACUCUCAAAAGGGAAAGCAAGCCAAAGUUCCUUAUUCUGAAAUUGUCGAAGAACAAGACUGUCUGUAUUUCUUUUAACAAGUGAUUGUGUUUCAUAUUAACACACAUUAAUAAAAGGAUAGCAUUUAUGUUUGUACUAAGACAGCAGUUUUCAUCAUUAGCUUAUUUUACCCUAGUGACGGUGACAUGAGAAAUGGAAAAGGUCAUGAUCAAUUGGUCUUUCUUCCUGUCCUUUUUUUUUUCUUUUAAAAUAACUAGAAAUUAAAUACUUUUCCGACAGGUCAAGGUAUAUAUCUCCCAUCCAUAUUAUAAGCUUCCCAGAGACUGACUUUGCCCCUGAAUUUUACUGCACACUCAGCAGGCGCGUAUUGACUAUUGUAUGACAGAUGCUGUUCACAGACUAAAGGAGGGUUGUAGAGGAACCAGUUCCUGGGGAAUGAAAAUGUUUUCUUUUAUCUGUCUUUUUAAUUAAUUUUAAAUAAAAGCAAUACCUGUCCAUGGUCAAA